AUGUCUGACAUAACUACUGACCGGUUGGAACGCCUCAAGCAAAACCUGCUGAAGCUCAACUACAAGAAGCACAAGAAACGUGUCGGCGAGGCGCGCAUCCAUCUGACGCAGUACCUCGCCCAUGUGCUUCCUAUGGCCAGCCAGCGUUUCUUGCUGGCGCCGAUUUAUCGCAGCUGCGUAGCUUCUCAGGGCGGCAACAUGACGCUUUAUAACAUGUUGCGUAUAUCGCAUCCCACUCCACUCAAAAUUUUGAUAGGGCUCUACGAUUCUAUGGGCUUUAAAAAAUUGUGGAGUUUGUCGCGGGUCCACAUACUUUCCGGUGCAAUCUACCCGGGCGUUUUGAUCGGUUCAAGGAUUUGGGUUGGUGAUUCUGUCUACCCUAACGGCAAUGGGACUUUGUGUUACAACUAUAUGCGCACGGUGAUGUUGUGCAAUUUCGCCCAUCUCUUUAGUUACCCCUUCGAUGUUGCGUACGGCAGGUUUGCAUCCACAGUGGCAAGAGAUGUGUCGAUACGUCAGUAUCUACGUGAAACUAUUUCCAAGUAUGGUUUUGCGCGGCUUUACAGCGGUUACACUAUCUGUGCUACUUCGACAGCACUCCACCUGAUGAUUGCGUUAUCGCUGAACAACCACCUUCACGGAAAGUUGAAGGAGAGGUUGAGUUCGCAGAUUGAACGCAACCCGGCAUACAGCUCUACCAUCCGCCCCCUUGAGCCCAGAGGUAUGGAUAACGAAGCCUUUUAA